AUGAACGGUCUCCUUAUCCUCCCCUCGUACACCGAAUACUUCCACUUGACCCCUGCAUUGGAAGGUCUCAACAACGCUGCAUCAUGGAUGGGAGGCAUUCUGGGCGCCUUUUUGAUGCAGCCGGUGCCAGAUUACUUUGGACGUCGAAGAGCUAUCCUCGUCGCAUCGGUCAUCACAGUAAUCGGCAUUAUUCUCCAAGCCGCCGCGCAAAACAUUGCCAUGUUCAUCAUCGCUCGAAUCAUCGUUGGCAUCGGCUCUGCAAUCAGCAACGGCGCUGCUCCCACUCUGCUCGGAGAACUUCUGCCAGCUCGCAAGCGCGGCCGAAUUCUCGGUCUGUUCUUUUCUUGUUUCUAUGUGGGAAGCUUGGCCUCAGCCAUUGUCAACUACGGCAGCCAAAACAUCCAGAGCACUUGGUCUUGGCGUCUUCCCUCUCUUCUUCAGUUCGUGCCAAGCUUGUUGGCAGUGAUACUGGUGCCAUUCGUUCCGGAGUCCCCACGCUGGCUGAUUGCGAAAGGCCAUGAUGAUGAGGCUCUUGAGGUUCUCGUGAUCAUGCAAGGUAAGGGCGUCGAGGAUAUUCAGCAAGGACGGGCGAGUUUGCAUGAGAUCAGAAGCAUUAUGAAGAAGGAGGAAGAGGAGUAUCCUCGAAGCCCAUGGAGAGAGAUCGUAUCCACGCCCGCCAAUCGAAAACGCCUCGCCAUUCUUUGCACAUUUGGCCCCAUGAUCAACAUGUUUGGUAACUUCAUCAUCUCGUCUUACCUGACCAAGAUCUUGAGUCAGGCUGGUAUUAGGGACACAGUGAAGCAAGCACAGAUUCAAGUCAUCCUGAACUGUUGGUCAUUUGCUGUUGCGGUCUUUGGCAGCUUCAUGCUCGACAUUUUAGGCAGAAGGAAGCAAACCUUCGUUGGUGUGGGCGGUAUGAUUGCCAUGCUCUACAUUACGGGAGGCCUCAUUAAGACAUAUGGUGAAUCAACCAAUCAAUCUGGAAUCUACGGCACGAUUGCAGUCAUCUUCCUAUUCCAAGGGUUCUACGCCUUUUCCAUCACACCAAUGACCAGUCUAUAUCCCACGGAGGUUUCGCAGUACAAGCUUCGAGCUACGGGGAUCGCAAUCUUCCCAUACUUUACCUUUGUGGAGACCAAAGGACUCAAGCUGGAAGAAAUUGCUGCAAAGUUCGAAGGACCUAGGAUUCUAGAGGCGAGCAUGGAAGAUUCGGCCUCACAAGAGAUUUCAGUCACUGGAAAGGGGGUGCACAAUGUUGAUACGAAAUCGAUGUAG